GCAUCAUACCCCGUGCCGCACCCUUCAAGGGAUUCUGGUCAUAUGAAUCUCAGUCGCCAUGAUUCCAGUACUCGGGGAGACUUUCAUGUGGGUCCCAUCGAUCUUGGUGUGUGCCAGCGUCUUUUCCCCAUUGUUCACUCCCUGCAGCACCUGCAGCCGAUGAGAGUUCGAACGUUCGCUGUUCAAGUUGGAGGUCAAGCCAGGCGGCCUGGAGUAUCGCAUUUGCUUCCUCUUCAGCAAGGACCCGAAAGGCUGAAGAUGAUCUCCAACUACAACCGGGAAUUUAUGGGCAAACAGGUGACGGACUUGGACGUGCGGGGUGGACAGGCAUGUUUCGAAGGACGAGAAUUGGCCAUCAAACGCCGAUAAUACGGCAUCGUCUAACUCUUUGGCUAUCUAUCAUGUUGCAACUCCAGGCACCUACAUCACAAUGGCAAUGGGCACUGCGUCACGACGAAACUAUAGCAUCCCUGAUACUCACCAUAACCAACCGCGCCUGCUCCCUCGCCCUCCGUAUCUCAAACUCAGGUUCUGUCCCAUCGAGCUGCGCGUACGACGGCCGAGGGCCGUUUCGAAGCUCGUACAUGGAUUACGCGUGGUAUCUACGAGUAUCACAUCAACGCACAACGACCCUAAAACAAGGAACAUGCCCAAGCCCGUCAGCCUUAUCUUCUCCUACUCCGCAUUCCUCUUCACCUGCUCUCCCGGCUUCAAAACAGGAUCAGCCUGUGGCUAGUAAAUCCCAGGUGCAAGCCUCAUGCUCACCUGUAGCUGCUCCCCCGGCUCCCAAGCCGCGUCAGGCAGUGGCUAGUAAGUCCCAGGUGCAAGCCCCAUGCUCACCUGCAGCUGCUCUCUCGACUUCGAAGUCGCAUCCCGUUCACACAGCACCAUCCGAGGCAUCUACGCCACUUCCCCGCAAGAAACAGAAGAAGCCCACUUACGGAAUCCGAAGCGGAGGAAGUUGAGACUCCAGUUCGAAGAUCGCCCCGAAAAGCUUCAACCCAAGACCGCUAAAUCCACUAGCGCACCGAAGAAAGGAGGGGAUGAAAAUGAUCUGAUGUGUCUUUCUCGUCCGUCCGUCUCAUUUGCAAUAUUCAAGCCGCUGUCCACUCGUCGCAUGUUUCACUCUUGUCGUCGUCCCACCUCUCAUUCGCAAUUCGCAUUUAAAAGGGCCCCGCCUAUUACGAUACCGAAUCGUCGGGCGAGAUACCCCAAAAUGCUACUGGACUGUGCAGCCUUCUCAUUCGACA